CGUCAAAUAGUUAUGUGGUGGAUCAAAGCCAUGCUUGUCGGUACGGGCGACUGUGCGAGUAAACGAAACAAAAAAAAAAAAAAAAAAAACUCGAUCGUGAUGACGAAGCAGUGAUCAGAGAUUCAGAAUUGCAGAUACGUAUCCCAGCCUUCCAGGUAUUCCAAAUGAACUAUACCAAUUGAUAGGUACUGAUUAUUUAUUCAAUUGUUCCGAUAUGAAAUGUAUGUGUGCAUGAUCCAGUAUAUUUCAGCACUUGGAACACAUGAUGUGUCUUCCCUGACAAUCUAUCCCAACAAUAUGGCAACAGAACAAGAAAAGUUUAACUUCUUGUCCGCGUUGAGGGCUGUUGAUUGUAUCGCAAGUCCCUUUCUGACUACGAUGAAAUACGAUAAUCGUUGGGUGAAAUUAAACUACACACGAUCCACGAGGGAUCCAAUUAUUGGGAUAGAUUUGGGCGAGGUGAAGCAUGUGAGUCGAUUCGAGUUGGAAGACAUGACUGAUGAUUUCAACCCGAAAAACAUCGUUGCUAGAGGUGUGAGGGGUCGGCUAUUCAAAGGUGUGAUGACACAAGGUUCAGAGACUCGGGAGGUUACCGUCAAAACAUGGGAUUUUUCUCCCCCUCUUAAUAUUCGUGAUAUGAACUGCUACUCGGAUGCUUUGGCAGUAUGAAUGGAUCAUUUUCUUACUCCAGAAUUUAUCCCCCUCAUGAAAUCAUUGUUCAUUUCUGAUCUUGAAUGCGAGUUGUUUUCAUUUUCUUUCCUUUGGUGGUGUAUUGUAGGGUGAGCUUUUGUUGCUGACAACUCCUGAUAUCUCAUCACAUCCUAGUCUGGUGAAAUUGAUUGGAUAUUCUGUCCAGGAUUGGCUUGCAGUUGUCUUUGAUUUUAAAUGGAAUCAAACACUCCAAGAUCUUAUUCCUUGUGGAAGUUUUUCGCUGGAGCAGCGGAUGAAUGUAGCAAUUGACCUUGCACAAGCCAUAGAACAUCUUCAUGAUAGACAGAUAGCCUUGGGGAAUCUGUCUGCUUCGAAUGUGUCUAUCGAUCAGGAAUAUAAAGUUAAGUUAUUCAACUUUGACUGCCAUCUGAAUCCGAGAUUCCCGAGGAGGUACAUCAAUGCCCUCAAAACAGGGGAUCCAAUACAUUAUACAGACUGCGAGAAAAAAAAUGCCCUUGCUUUAGAUGUGUAUGCAUAUGGCGUCCUGCUUAAGGAGUUGAUAGCUCAGAAACUGGGGUGUGCCAAAGAGGUUACUGAUGGCAGGACCUACUCAUACGUUGAGCAAUCCUUGCUGGGUUUGGGGCAGCGAUGUAUGGAGUAUGCCGUUGAUUGCCGGCCAAGCAUACAUGAUGUUGUUGCUUCACUAAGACAACUUCUUCCCACAAGAAAGAGGAAAUAUAGAAGCACAUCCUCUCCUAGUGAUGAUGAGGAUGAUGAUGAAUCCAUGGAACUGUGUUAAAGGUGGGUGGGUGGAUUAUGUUUGAAACAAAACUAUACUUUUGAUGCCGUUGACAAGUAUGGUGGCUAAAAAAUGUGCGUUUGAACUUAAGCAAUACGGAGUAACUAGAUCGGAUCAUCUAAAAAUAUUAAAAGGCCUUUUUAUUCCAAUAUUACUAAAUUGAAUGAAAACUCCAAAAAAGUGACAUGUUUUAAAA